AGACGGAUUUUGUGCUGAAAACUUUAACAGACUUAAAGGCGGUGGGACUGCCAUCCAGCUCACUGGCCUCGCAAUAUUCCAAGAAAUGGCCUCCUCUCUCGCCCCUAACAUGUGAAUGUAAAUCACUUUUUUUUUCCGGAGACCGCUAUAAUUUUAUCGCAAUUAAAAAAAAUAAACGCCAACUGCAAAGGCAGGUCACAUUGACACGCACGGGAUUUCUCGCUCUGACUGCACUCACGCGAAUGUCGUUGCCAUGGUACCUUGAACACUGAACUUGAACACAGUGAUACUUCACAAGCACUCGUCAUUUUGGAGCGGAUUAAUUGUAGCGUGCAUGUAAACAGAUUUUCGUCAGACUGCUCAGUAGAGUGUUCACACGAACACCUCAGUCUGUAAACGGAACGAAUUCAGUCGGAUUGGGGAAAAUGUUUUGUAUGUGAACGUAACCAGUGAAACGCGUUAGCCCGCAGGCGGGACUCUAAGACUCUGAAGGCGUCGCUUCUGCCUCGCAUUAUUACAGCGACAUGAGUUACUACGGACAGGGAUAUCCAGGACCAGGGGGCAAUACUCCCCAACAACAUCCAUCUCCAGGGGCGUCAUAUGGAGGUGGUUCUGUUAGAGGGCCCUAUGGUGGUCCAGCUCCACCUGGAGGUACCCCAUAUGGAGGUGCACCACCAGGUGGACAGUAUACAAGAGGACCUGCACCAGGAGCACCAUAUGGAGGAUAUGGCCCACCUGGAUCCAGUGGGCAGUAUGGGUCAGGAGGUGGUGGUGCCCCUGGAGCACCUUAUGGUGUAGGACAAGCCCCAGGAGCCCCCUAUGGAGGGUACAGACAGCCCUAUGGAGGACAAUAUGGACAGCAUGCUCAAGGAAGUAACAUCCCACCUGGUGUUAACCCUGAGGCCUAUCAGUGGUUUCAGUCUGUCGACACUGAUCACAGUGGCUAUAUUAACUUGAAGGAACUGAAGCAAGCCCUCGUCAACUCAAACAACUCGACCUUCAAUGAUGAGACCUGCCUAAUGAUGAUCAAUAUGUUUGACAAGUCCAAGACUGGCCGCAUAGACAUAUUUGGCUUCUCUGCUCUGUGGACAUUCCUACAGCAGUGGCAGGGCCUGUUCCACCAGUUUGACCGUGACCGUUCAGGCUCCAUCAACAGUAAUGAGAUGCACCAAGCAUUCUCACAGAUGGGUUAUAACCUGAGCCCUCAGUUCACUCAGAACCUGGUGGGCCAGUAUUGUGCUCGUGGCAUGGGUAAUGCCCUCCAGCUCGACCGCUUCAUCCAGGUGUGCACCCAGCUGCAAAGUAUGACCCAGGCCUUCCGCGAGAAGGACACCGCCAUGACUGGCAACAUACGCAUGAGUUAUGAGGACUUUCUAUCCAGUGCCAUCACACGACUUAUGUGAGGAUCUGAAUGGGAAAUUCACUGGGUGGCAGAGUCUCAGUAGAUGACCACUGCAUUAUGAUGCCAAAGACCAGGUGGCACUGUCUAACCCUGCUGUAAUGCCUUCCACUGUGGUAUACUUCACCUACCCUAUGUGCCCUGUGCUGCUGCACUGCUACUGCUGACCCUGUCCUGAAUAGACCCACAUUUAUUGACUUAUCGCUUAAACUCUUGCCUGGUUAAACAAAUUAAAAAUGAAAGCAGUGAGAGUAUACUAACAUACCAUUUAGUUACUUUUUAUUUAUACGUGAAAUAUAUUUACAAUAACCUAUUGAUUGAGCUAAAGCAUCUGCAUUAAAUCUGUUUCCAAGUAUGCCUAUCAUGGAACAUAAUUGUAUUAACUUUAAAAAAAAAAUCUUGUUAAAACUAUUGGGUUGAUAAACUGCUUGUACUAAAUUUUACCAAUCAAAUGAUGCUGGAGUAGUUGCCUAUAUGAAUAACCUUGAUAUAUAUAUUAAUUGAUGAAUUGCUCGAAAAGUCAAAUAACGUCAUUUUUCAUGGGUAAUAACCAUAUCUUUUCUGCUUUGCGCCAAAAUAUUUAAGAAAAAAAGUUAUUUUUUUCUAAUAAAGGUUCAUGCUAAUUGCUUUA